AUGGAUCACACGAAUUUUGUUGACCUUCUGACCAGUCAACAAGAUAGUGUCAUUCCUCAAUCGUUUCCUUGGGAGAGCUCAUCACAAGUCCCUGUCUUCAGCACUCAAUGUACAGAAACUUCAAGUUUCUGUGAAGAGUCAUCUACACAGCGCAAAGAAAGAAAGAAAUGGACUCCUUCUGAUGAUCUUGUGCUCAUAAGCGCCUGGUUAAACACCAGUAAGGAUCCUGUCGUGAGCAAUGAGCAGAAAGCAGGCACAUUCUGGAACCGCAUUGCAGCCUACUAUGCAGCUAGUCCGAAGGUGGAAAGUGGAGAUAAGCGAGGAGCUCUUCAAUGCAAGCAAAGGUGGCAGAAGAUCAACGAUCUUGUCUGCAAGUUCUGUGGUUCCUAUGCGGCUGCGACAAGACAGAAAACAAGUGGUCAGAGUGAGAGUGAUGUUGUGAAACUCGCACAUGAAAUUUUCUUCAAUGAUCAGAAGAUUAAAUUCAACCUUCACCAUGCUUGGGAGGAGCUCCGCUAUGACCAGAAAUGGUGUGAGCAUGCUAGUAGUAAGCUUGGUGGAAGCGCUAAGAAGAGAAAAUGCGAGGAUGGAGCAGAAACAGAAAGCUCUCAAGCUACUAUCAAUGUCGAUGAUCUACCUACCAAACGGCCUGCUGGUGUUAAGGCUGCGAAAGCAGCUUCUGCAAAGAAACCAAUAGUAGAUAAGGAGGCUGAUGAGAAGUUUGGCAAGUUGUGCUCAAUUAAAGAGAAAGACCUUGUCUUGACAGAGAGAGUUUCCAAAAUGAGACUGCUUGACAGUCUCAUUACAAAAAAAGAACCACUUUCUGAAAAAGAAGAAGCACUGAAGAAGAUCCUUAACCCCACUUAA